AUGUCAUUUAGAAGUACAAAAUUUAAUCAAAUCCCAACUUCAAAUGGAUUUAAUCAACCACAAUUUCAACAACAACAACAAUCUAGUGAAUCUCCUUUACAAAAAUUUGAAAAAUUUUCAUCUCAAAUUGAAGAUUUAUUAGAUCAUCCAUUAAUUUCUAAAUUAAAGCCUUAUGUACCACAAAUUGGUCGUUUUUUAAUUGUUGCAACUUUUUAUGAAGAUUCUUUAAGAAUUUUAAGUCAAUGGUCUGAUCAAAUCUAUUACUUAUGGAAUUAUAGACAUAUCCCAUAUUUCUUAGUUCUUAUUUUGUUAACUUUAGUUGUUGUGGUAAUGUUGGGUGCUUCAACUUUAAUUGUUUUGAGAAAACAUUCAUUAUAUGCAAGUGGUGCUUUAAUUUUUGUUAUUUUGUUACAAGGUUUUAUGUAUGGAUUAUUUUCUGGUUCUACAUUUAUUUUAAGAAAUUUCUCAUUAAUUGGUGGAUUAUUAAUUGCAUUUAGUGAUACUUUAGUUCAACAAAAGACAAGAUUUGCUGGUUUGCCUGAAAUUUCUUCAAAUAAUGAAUUUAAAAGUUAUAUCUUAUUAGCUGGUAGAAUUUUAUUAGUUUUAUUAUUCUUUACAUUCAUUCUAACAAAGAGUUGGUUUACAACAUUUUUCAUUUUAAUUGGUAUUGGUUCAAUUGGUGCAGGUUAUAAAACAAAAUUUGCAUCAAUUAUCUUGAUUACAAUUUUAACUUUUUAUAAUUUCACUUCAAAUUCUUAUUGGUCUUCAUCUUCAGAAGCUCAAAGAGAUUAUUUGAAAUAUGAAUUUUUCCAAACUUUAUCAAUCAUUGGUGGUUUACUGUUGGUUGUUAAUACAGGUGCUGGUGAAUAUUCAAUUGAUGAAAAAAAGAAGAUUUAUUAA